AUGCCUCACCUUCACUCGACCUACACGUCUCACCUUCACCCGACCUACACAUCUCACCAUCCCCCGACCUACACAUCUCACCAUCCCCCGACCUACACAUCUCACCAUCACCCGACCUACACAUCUCACCAUCCCCCCGACCUACACAUCUCACCAUCCCCCGACCUACACAUCUCACCAUCCCCCGACCUACACAUCUCACCUUCACCCGACCUACACAUCUCACCAUCCCCCCGACCUACACAUCUCACCUUCACCCGACCUACACAUCUCACCAUCCCCCGACCUACACAUCUCACCUUCACCCGACCUACACGUCUCACCAUCCCCCGACCUACACAUCUCACCUUCACCCGACCUACACAUCUCACCAUCCCCCCGACCUACACAUCGCACCAUCACCCGACCUACACAUCUCACCAUCCCCCCGCCCUACACAUCUCACCAUCCCCCGACCUACACAUCUCACCAUCCCCCCGACCUACACAUCUCACCAUCCCCCGACCUACACAUCUCACCUUCACCCGACCUACACAUCUCACCACCCCCCCGACCUACACAUCUCACCAUCACCAUCACCCGACCUACACAUCUCACCAUCCCCCGACCUACACAUCUCACCAUCCCCCCGACCUACACGUCUCACCUUCACCCGACCUACACAUCUCACCAUCCCCCCGACCUACACAUCUCACCAUCACCCGACCUACACGUCUCACCAUCCCCCGACCUACACAUCUCACCUUCACCCGACCUACACAUCUCACCAUCCCCCCGACCUACACAUCUCACCAUCACCCGACCUACACAUCUCACCAUCCCCCGACCUACACAUCUCACCUUCACCCGACCUACACAUCUCACCAUCACCCGACCUACACAUCUCACCAUCCCCCCGACCUACACAUCUCACCACCCCCCGACCUACACAUCUCACCAUCACCAUCACCCGACCUACACAUCUCACCAUCACCCGACCUACACAUCUCACCAUCCCCCCGACCUACACAUCUCACCAUCCCCCCGACCUACACGUCUCACCAUCACCCGGCCUACACAUCUCACCAUCCCCCCGACCUACACGUCUCACCUUCACCCGACCUACACGUCUCACCAUCACCCGACCUACACAUCUCACCAUCCCCCGACCUACACAUCUCACCAUCCCCCCGACCUACACAUCUCACCAUCACCCGACCUACACAUCUCACCAUCCCCCGACCUACACAUCUCACCUUCACCCGACCUACACAUCUCACCAUCACCCGACCUACACAUCUCACCAUCACCCGACCUACACAUCUCACCAUCCCCCCGACCUACACAUCUCACCAUCCCCCCGACCUACACAUCUCACCAUCACCCGACCUACACAUCUCACCAUCCCCCCGACCUACACAUCUCACCAUCCCCCCGACCUACACAUCUCACCAUCCCCCGACCUACACAUCUCACCAUCCCCCCGACCUACACAUCUCACCAUCCCCCCGACCUACACAUCUCACCAUCACCCGACCUACACAUCUCACCAUCCCCCCGACCUACACAUCUCACCAUCACCCGACCUACACAUCUCACCAUCCCCCCGACCUACACAUCUCACCAUCCCCCCGACCUACACGUCUCACCAUCACCCGACCUACACGUCUCACCAUCACCCGACCUACACAUCUCACCAUCACCCGACCUACACAUCUCACCAUCCCCCGACCUACACAUCUCACCAUCAUCCGACCUACACAUCUCACCAUCAUCCAACCUACACAUCUCACCAUCCCCCCGACCUACACAUCUCACCAUCAUCCAACCUACACAUCUCACCAUCCCCCCGACCUACACAUCUCACCAUCACCCGACCUACACAUCACCCUCACCCGACCUACACGUCUCACCUUCACCCGACCUACACGUCUCACCUUCACCCGACCUACACGUCUCAGCAUCCUCCGACCUACACGUCUCACCAUCACCCGACCUACACGUCUCAGCAUCCUCCGACCUACACGUCUCACCAUCACCCGACCUACACGUCUCACCAUCCCCCCGACCUACACGUCUCACCAUCACCCGACCUACACGUCUCACCAUCACCCGACCUACACGUCUCACCAUCACCCGACCUACACGUCUCACCAUCACCCGACCUACACGUCUCACCAUCCUCCGACCUACAGUGGCUUGUGA